AUGAUUUCUUCCCAGCUACAAGGGGUUCCUCCCCAGCUCAGCCCGCAGGAUCUCUCCCUUCAGAUCAAGUCAUUCCUAAGUGGUUCUGAUCCUCAGCAUGGACAGAAGUUGAGUCCUCGCGAUCAUGCCCGCUGUGCCUUGUUAUUGUUGCGUUGCUUGCCUUCUGCCCGGCAUGCUGUGCUGGAACACCUGCGUUCCGUAUUUCAUGACAGCGUUUCUUCAUUCCUAAGUGAGAGAGACUCUCAAGAAUCCCUUCCGCAUUCCUCAUCCUCCCAGCGUCGAGGGCCUCCUCCACUAUCCACUCCAGGUUUGGAUGAAGUGACAAAGGAGGUGCAAAAGGUGCUAGAAGAGUUUAUUAAGCUUAAUCCAAGAGCUUGGGCACCCCUCAUCUCUGCGUGGUCUAUUGAACUUAUGGGACAGUUAAGCAGUAAACAUGCAAACCGACAAGGAAUGCCACACUCUGCAAGUCUCAAUGAAUUAUUACAGUUGUGGAUGUCAUGUGGAGCCACACGAGUUCUUAUGGACAUCUAUACUCUCUGCCUUUCCACUAUGAUAGAUAGCUGCCCAGAUGCCUGUGUGGAUGCUUUGCUAGAUACUUCAGUUCAACACUCCCCACAUUUUGACUGGGUGGUAGCACACAUUGGGAACUCCUUUCCAAGUACCAUAAUCAGCCGAGUGCUAUCAUGUGGACUUAAGGAUUUUUGUGCACACAGCUCUCCUGCUGAGGCCCCUGAAAAGCGUGUGCCAAAGCUGGGCUCUGUGGUGGGUAUUUUAGGGCAUUUAAGCUCACGCCAUGGAAACAGCAUUCGUCAGGAGAUACUGAGGAUGUUUCAUGAAAGUCUGAGGCCCGGAAGCAAGCAACAGAGAGCAACUCUACCAUAUUUGUUGCAGCUGGCAGCUCUUUCACCAUCUUUGUUGGGAACAGUUUGUCAAGAUUUGGUAGAUUCUUUAAAGCCCAGCACAUUAUCCCAGCUACAGCAGCACUGCUCAACCCUUCCUCGUGAUGAAUUGGACAACAUGCUUAAUCUAAGUGUGCACCUGGCAGGCCAAACAUCUGCUGGUGCUCCACGUCUCCUGCGUUUUCUUUUGGAUACAGCAAUGCCUGCUUCUGUUAUAACUACGCCAGGGUUAGCAGUGCAUGAUUCUGUCAGGGAAGCUUGUGAUCGUAUUGUGAGAUUGUUACUUCUCAGUCUACAAAAACAGGUUUAUGGAAGAACAGGGGGAAGGGGAGCAACUGAAGCCCAGCCAAGAGCAGUUCCAUUUUUAGAUGCUAUGCGGGGCCAUCUUACAGAAUUGUGUGCUGAAAUGUUACGAUUAGAGAGGAAGCGUCACUUGUGGAUUCAUCAGCUUCUGGGAUUGCUGUGCAUCUAUAGUAAUCCACCAUGUGCCCCAGAAGCCCUUUGCCUAUUGCUUACUCUAGCUCAGAGUCCUGAGGAGCUGGGCCUAGCAGUCCAGCUUCAUGCAGUGCUUUCAUCCUCUAUGCAAGGUUUAGCUCCAGCAGUAGUCACACGAUGUGUGUCUCAGGUACAUGCAGGUGCUCUGACUGAUAAGAGAGCUCUUCAGUUGUUGCAGAACUUGGCUCUUGUUGUCCAGAGUGAAGAAGGGGGAAUGGGUAGAGAGAUAGGAGCAGCUCUUUCUGAGCAUUUGUCUGAUUUUGGUCAGCUGCUUCUACACAGCACCCCUGGAGUGUGUGAGGCUUCUUGUCUACUACUGUGUUGUUGUACUUUCCCUUCAUCUCUACCCCCUGCCCAGCUCCACCUUCUUAUUCGCUCAUCUUCAUAUCUUUUAUUCCAUUCCAUGCACAUACGCAGUAGCUCUGGAGUAAGCAGUGCCUCUCGACUUCUUUUACGCCUCAGUAAAGUUUCUCAUGCUGGCAGAAAAGCAGUGCUACAUCAACUUGUUGAAGGUGCACUGCAUCCGGGCAAUGCAGGACUUUUUGGAGGGCAGAGCACUGUCCCUGUGUCUCAGAAAUCAGAGGGAGCAAUCGGAUCUCUUUUAGAGAGCAACAGCCACCUUGGUUCAACAGUAGAUUUUUCAGGAAGUGUGUGGUCUGUGUUUCAUGCAGGAGUAAUCGGAGCGGGGUUAAAGCCAGAGGAGAAAAGUCGGCAAAGUGGGCAAGAAGAGUGUGCUGCUGAAAUACACAAAGUCUGCUUUCUCUAUUAUGCUUCUGCUGUGCCAAUAAAGGAGAAGAAGAUGAUCAGCUGACUACUUUAGACCCUGAGGCAGCCAAGACUUUGGCAGUGACAAUCACUGAGUGUGCUUGCCCUGAUGUGACAAACAGUGAGUUGGCUUGGCCACCAGAGGAACAUGCACGAACCACAGUACAAAGAGACUUACUUAUAUAUAUAUGCUUCCAUAAAAAUCCUUUACUUUUUCACCUUCUCCAUCUUGUGGCACAGGGUCGUCCUGCUCUUUGUUAUUGUUCAGUUUUGCUUAGAGGUCUUCUUGCUACACUUUUGGCACAUUGGGAAGCAUCACGUGACUCAUCUUCUGUCAACUCUCCCUGGCACCUGAUAGCUUCUUGUGAGUUAGUAUCCUGCAUGGGCGAAGGACAGCUCCUUCCUCCAGCUCUCACAAACAUGCAUGAGAUGUUCUCCCUCCUUGCACCAUAUGAGGUCCGCUUGCUACUGCUCAGUGUUUGGGACUUUGUACGAGAAAAUGGGCCUUUUCCACAGCGAUUUGUAUUUCAGGCAGGGCGAGGAGCAUUCAAUAGAGACUUCACUCGAGAAGGCGACCCGGCCAAGUACAUGGGUAUUGUACAUAGUGUUUUACAUCGAAACAUCGAUCGUCUUGGACUGCUUUCAGGGCGGUUUCAGUUGUGA